UUCGUUUUCGUGCUCUUAUUUUAAACGGGUGUUACUCAAACUCUGCGGUGGGCUGUUUCACUUCAUUAUUUCCCUUUGUUUACGGUGCUCUGAAUUCCGACAGAUAUCUAAACGCGCCAUCCGGAUUCUCGCGUUUUUGCGGCGCGUGCGCGGCAGCUGAUCUUUCUGAACGCAGUAUCUACAACAUGGCUGACGUAACAGCGGUGGACGGAGAGAAACUCAGCAAAAAUGAGCUGAAGAGACGAAUGAAAGCUGACAAGAAGGCGGCCGAAAAAGAAGCCAAGCUCAAAGAACAAGUGGUGCAAAAGAAGGAAAGCAACGACCAAGGAGAGCAAAAUGCAUUGGAUGAGGACACGCUUGACCCAAAUCAAUACUACAAGAUCCGUACCCAGGCCAUCCAGGAACUGAAGGGCACAGUGGAGGACCCGUACCCUCACAAGUAUCAUGUAGACUUGUCACUCACAGAGUUCAUUGAGAAAUACAGUGAUCUACAGCCUGGAGAUCAGCUGACUGAUAUUGUUCUCAAUGUAUCAGGCCGUGUCCAUGCCAAGAGGGCUUCUGGUGCCAAGUUGAUUUUCUAUGACCUGAGAGGCGAAGGCGUCAAGUUGCAAGUCAUGGCGAACUCAAGGAACUACAAGUCCGAGGAUGCCUUUGUGGCCAUCAACAACAAACUGCGUCGUGGUGAUAUUAUCGGUGUUCGCGGUAACCCGGGGAAAACCAAAAAGGGGGAGCUGAGCAUCAUUCCCAUCGAGAUGACACUUCUUUCACCAUGUUUGCACAUGUUGCCUCACCUCCACUUUGGCCUCAAAGAUAAGGAAACCCGAUUCCGCCAGCGCUACUUGGAUCUGAUCCUCAAUGACUACGUAAGGCAAAAGUUUAUAACCCGAGCAAAAAUCAUCACAUACCUGCGCAGCUUCCUGGACCAGCUGGGAUUUUUGGAGAUUGAGACACCAAUGAUGAACAUUAUUCCUGGUGGAGCAGUGGCCCGUCCGUUUGUUACUUACCACAACGAGCUGGAUAUGAACCUGUACAUGAGGAUCGCGCCUGAGCUUUACCACAAGAUGCUUGUGGUUGGUGGACUAGACAGAGUGUAUGAGAUCGGCCGUCAGUUCAGGAAUGAAGGCAUCGAUCUUACUCACAAUCCAGAGUUCACCACCUGUGAAUUUUACAUGGCAUAUGCAGAUUACCAUGACUUGAUGGAAAUCACAGAGAAAUUACUCUCAGGGAUGGUGAAGCACAUCACUGGAGGAUACAAGGUCACUUACCACCCUGAUGGUCCGGAGGGACAGGCCUAUGAGAUUGACUUCACACCGCCAUUCAGAAGAGUGAGCAUGACACACGACCUCGAGAAGAUCAUGGGGGUGAAGUUCCCUCCUACUGACAGCUACGACAGCGAUGAGACACGUAAAUUCUUUGACGACCUGUGUGUGCAGAAAGGAGUUGAAUGUCCUCCACCCAGAACCACUGCCCGCCUCCUUGACAAGAUGGUUGGAGAUUUCCUUGAGGUCACUUGUAUCAGCCCCACAUUCAUCUGUGACCACCCUCAAAUCAUGAGUCCCUUAGCAAAAUGGCACAGAUCACAGAAAGGUCUAACCGAGCGUUUUGAGCUCUUUGUGAUGAAGAAGGAAAUCUGCAAUGCUUACACCGAGUUGAAUGAUCCAAUUCGACAGAGGCAGCUUUUUGAACAGCAAGCCAAGGCCAAAGCUGAGGGUGAUGAUGAAGCCAUGUUUGUUGACGACAACUUCUGCACAGCCCUAGAAUAUGGACUUCCACCGACCGCUGGCUGGGGGAUGGGCAUCGAUCGUCUCACUAUGUUCCUCACUGACUCCAACAACAUCAAGGAGGUGCUGCUCUUCCCAGCCAUGAAGCCUGACGAUAAUAAGACAUCAGCGCCCACGGAGGGCACCUCCGUCUAAUGACAUGACCUCUGACCUCUCCUGCUAUCCGAUCUGUGCAGGAGUCGGUUUGGAGAAGGAGCCUUUACCUCACUGUGGUCAUCAGUGGAGCCUGAAAGUUUUCUGUUUUAUCAAUGUUAGUCUGUCAAAGGUUUGAUCUAUCGUUAAGGGAAAUCGUCUUCUCAGUAACAUGGUUGACUGGUUAACGAAUGCUUCUUUUUUCCUUUCUUUUUUUGUUUUGUAUUUCUCACACUUUUGCAAUCAUCUUUGCUGCAUCCUCCUUCUGAGAUUGCAAGGAGACAUUUUAAUCCUCAUUGUCAUCCAAACUGUAAAUGGAUGAUAUGAUCAGGAAGUCAUGAGUGACCUGCUGUAUGCAAACUUGGAUAUUAAUAUUUUAUUAUACUUUGAGAUACUUAAAGGGGUGCUUGGUUCUGGCUACCAAAUACAGAGUAGACGCACCACAUUACAAAGCACAAGCACCUUUUUUUAAGUGUUCUCAGUAUAUUCAUCUGUUUUUACCUGGUCUGCUUGUAUUCCUUGUCUGAGGCUUCACAAAUUCAAUGUUCCUCUGCCAAGAAGUUCCAACAUGGGUGUGUCUGAAUAAAAUGCAAAUGAGUCAA